UUUUGCGCUACCGCCUGGUCAAGCCGAUUUUUCGCUUUGGGUAUGAAUUUUGAUCAGUACACUAGCAGGUAGUGAUCCGAAGCAACCAUAAGUAACAACAUUUUUGUUGAAGGAUAUCUCAUCAUGCAGCCCAAGUCAACAUUGUGAGGACUUCCGCCGAGUGUGCCGCCCGGGGCCGCCAGGCGGCCCCACCCUGCCUCUCCGCGAAGAAAGGUACCUUGUCCUCCUUUACGAUGACAACUCCAUCUCGACGAGUUCUGUUGCUGGCUUGCACUACCGCGUAUGUGAAACACCUCCUAGUCUCAGCCGAGGUUGCGGUGGAUGACUUGUACGCCCAAGCCGCGACGGGUGGAGCAGUCCCAGAUGCAGCUUUUAGCGGAGAUCUCGGCGGGGAAUCAGGCCCUAGCGAAACAAGAUCAGAAACAUCUACGUUGUCCCUGCUGCAGAAUCCACCACCAGCAACUUCUAGUGUCGACUUGUUGUCAAGUUCUGUCGGCCCCGCGCCCACUGCGGCGACCAGUCUGACACAGCAACUCCAGGACUUUCUGUACAGCGGAGGAUCAUCGUCUUCGUCUUCCACUGCGAGUGCAGCAGGUGGAGGAGCCCUAAAGACUUCAUCUUCCGCUGGUAGUCUUGAGUCCUUCUACGACAACAACUAUGGGGAUGAAGCGAAGGCGCUCAAAUUGGAAGCCGAGAAAAGAAAGCGGGAUCUGGAACUGCGGAGGACUAUUCACAAAAAAAGGCAACUCAGUGUCAUCCAAUUUAUCAUGUAGAAUUUAUUUGCUUUGAGGUCUGUGUUUGUCAUGCAUGACCAAAAUGGAUGGGAAUGCAUGGGUCUUCUUCUGUGGAUAAUGAAGAAGCAAACGAUGCAACUCGUGACGGACAGCACAAUACCGACUGCCACAGCAAAAGGCGCUGUGCUCGUGCAGCACAAAGCAGAGGGCAAAACAGGGAAAGCGGUGCAAGCGCAGCAGGAGAGGAAAGGCUUCCUCUUUCGUGCGGAAUCACCAUCUCUCGGCGCGAACAAAGGUACUUAUAAGGAAUGAAAAUAAUGGAUCACAACAUCAACAUGUGGCUGCGUGAACACCUGCACCAGUUCUACGUUUUGUGUGAAUCAAGCUGCACAGCGUGAUGUGGCAUAUGAUCUACGAUUGUGUUCACGCGCAGACGCGAGACGAGUUUUGCCAAUCUAUAGUUCCUUGAAGGAAAAAGUAAACAGUACUUCUACAUAUCCCAGGCACGUCUCUCCACGAACUGUCCCGAGUCGUCGAGGAGUAUGAUGUGCUAUCCACAAAAAAAACACCCAUCCCCAUCCAGUCUCUGCAUGGCAGGUACUGCCUUUGAUGCAUGUUCUGCAUGACAAUACCCAAAUUGCUGGAUGUGGAAGAUGGUUUUUUUUGUUGAUACGUGCCGCUGGACGAGUUGCAAAACGAAAACAUGAAGAAUGACUCAACAGAAGAUGACGGUACUAGUAGCAAAACUUCUACUACUUCCUCGCAGAAAUUAGAAAAGGAAGCACUCACCCGCGACGAGGAGCUACGGGGAAAGUCGGACGGAAAAUUGGUUUCGGGCGGCAAGUUACCAACUGCAAAGCCAAAGAUAGAUUCUGGGUCUGGAACAAGAAUGCAAAGUUGUAAUGCUGAGCUUCCAUACACAUACUUCCGAGCUUUGUAAUGCAUGUUGCGGAAAAAUAUUAGCGUUGCUUUUUUGUCAUGCAAAAACGCAGUUUGUCAUGCGUGUCACGCAGCCACAGGACCUCCGGUGAAAAAUCUGUCAUGCGUGGCUGCGUAUUCUAGUAUGUUUGUGUCAUUUUUCAUAUUCACAGCUUAGCAUGACAACUUUCCAGACCUCCGAGACAUAAUUUGCACUUGAUACAAGUACAGUGCGAAGGACGUCGAGUACAUCCAGCACCUGCGACAGCAGAAAGGGCUAGUACUGAAGGAGCCGACGCAUGAGAAACUUGAAUUAUCCAGCAGAAACAGCAUGACAAAGAACCGGAACAUCAUCGCCUUGUUAGCGACCAGUAGUGGUCGUAGUCCAGACGAGCUCGCUACGCAUUGCAAAAGUAUCGUAGCUAGUAGAAACCACAUGACAAAUUUAAUCAACAUCGGGAAGAAGAUUUGUAAUGCGGAUUCCCCUCAAAAAAAAGACUUGUAAUGCUUGGCUGCCACUAGUACUUAGGAACACGAUACGUUUGCAGAGGAUACUCGCGCGCCAGCAGCAAGAGUGCGAGACGUUCGGAAAGUUUUUGAAGGGAAACGCGGUACAGAUCGUUGUAGUUGCUCUUUGUGAUGCAGAUUAUCCUGAGUAAAAACGUACCCACACCAGAGUUGUAUUGCGGAUUUGCAAAGACAGGAAGACUUGUAAUGCGCAUCCCCAUGAGAGCCAUUUCCAAUCGUGUUUUGGAAUUUGUGAUGCUGUGAACAGGAUGAGCAGAUGAGUCUGUGAUGCGGCUGUACUUGCUAACCUGCACUACACUGCAUAGUGCAACUUGUCAUGCGUGGCUCACAAAACUCCUAGGUUUGUGUUGCAAAAUCCCCAUCCUGACUCUGGUGUGGGUACGUUUUUACUCAGGAUGCAGAUGUAUUGUGGCUUAGCUGCCCUAGGACUAAUUGUACAUUUCUACCUGCUCCUGAUCAUGUUUGUGUUUCUGCAUGACGAAUAAAAUCCCGCGUUUUAAUAUACCCCUACUUAGACUUACCCCCCUCUUGCAGCAUGACAAACAAAGCUGCAAAAAUUUUAUUUUACCGCAGGUCAAGGGCUCGAAGCUGAUAGCGCAAUGGCACAACUCAUGCAAAACCGGAGACCCGGCGCGGUGCCAAGCGGUGGUGGGGGCGGUGACACCCUUCGCCGACGACCUGAACUGGAAUCUUAUGAUAUUGAUUUUUUUACACGAACAUCUCCGCUUUCCCUUUUUUAUCACUGCUGUAGGUAUUUAUAUUUUCAGGGCGACUAUGGGGCAUUGCUGUUAUUGCAAAUUGUGCUUGUAGUUCAUGUUCACAGGACCAGACUUUUCUUGCCAGUGAUAAGAUUGAGUAGAACAAGCGUUGGUUUGUGGUUUUCCCCUUCCACACUACCGACGAAACUCUGCGCCGCCGUACUGGAGGCGUACUACGGGUGAGCUGCAAAUGAGGCGUCGCGAAGAUCAUGGGCGGGAACAAAACAGCAAUCUCGAGGCGCAUCGUCAGGCUCAUCUGUGAAAAGUGUCUCCGAUAAUUCAAAUGUAAGCUGAGAUUCCACUUAGUCCCAAUGUUUUAAACAGUUCAUUUUUUGUUCAAAAAACGAGAAAUGAAGAGGCAGCGAAAAGAAUGCAACAUGCAACGGCUCUGACAGAUGGGUGCCUGUACAAUUUUUACAAACUAGAUUUGCUGCAUAUAAUACAUAGGUUUGAGAUGAGGUCUGAAACUACAGCAACGACAGCGCAGCAGCGAAACAGCACGAAUUAUAGGCUGGUGUGGUUAAAGCUCAAGAUUAUGAGAUGGAAAGGCCGCACUCGCACAGAACAGAGA